UAGUAACUGUAGUCCGUGGCUGGACGUUACCGCAAAUUUUAUAGAUCUUGGUUGUAUACGUUUUUGACUUAAGAAUAAUUCAAAUUAAUUAAUUCACUUGAUGAGUCCUGAUUAACUCAUUGUAUUUUCACAAUGACGGAGUUCUCUUUGGGGUAUCGGGAGGUUGUGCCUGAUCAAACUCGACCGGAGAAAUGGAAAGAAAUUAUUUUGGAUACCGGUGGUAGUCAAAGCACCCUCCAAGACAUUAAAGUACCAGAGCGAGCGGGUGGCUACUCAUACAAAGACUCCUACAAAUAUACCACUCGUAACCGCUUCAUCUACUGGAGAAUCUGCCACGAUAUCCUCGAAUUGAUUGAGCACUCCUUGGACAUCAACUUGGUGAACUGCAAGGUUCGCUACAAGUUCACCAACACACCUAUAUUAGAUGGCAUUACAAUUCAUGAGACGAUCAACUCGGUAAUCAUUCUAAUUGCAACAGUGUCGAGUGUACAUAAAUUAACUUUCCCUCAUCCAGACAAGAUUCACAAGCAAGACCGUCUACUUGGCUCCCACCCCGACCUCUCACUCCAAUCAAUUUUGGGAGAAGCAUCUACCCAAAAUGCUCGGGACCCUCACUCUUUUCACAUAAUCUCCUCUCCAGGGACUAUAAAUACACCAGUAUCUCAUGCAGCAGCCUCCUGGCUUUCUCUUCCCCAUGAAGAAGCUUUAUUCGCUCUGGCUUACUCCUCAGGAACUAUUCUAGUAUUACGACUUGAUUCGAUAACGGGAUUGAUCCACACAAGUGAACUCAAACAAGACUCAAUUGUUCCUCGGUUCCUCUCUGGCAUUGCAACCGCUUUCAGGGGGAAAAAUAGUGAAGCGCAAGUUGCUAUGUGUCUUACUCUUCAUAAUUUUGCCAAUGAUUCUUACCUUUUUGCACUGUGUCGCGAGGGAAAUGUGAGAAUGUGGUCGUGUAACAAGAGUCAAUGUGUUGCUGUAGCAGAUGUAGCCACUGAAAAUCGUAUAGCAUCUCAGGGAACUCAUGGACACAUGCUGAGGAAAGUUCUGGGAAGUGAUAAUGAGCUCUAUUUGGGAACAUAUUUGAAGUUCACUAAUGGUUGUGAGUUCAGUAUAUUGAAGCCUGUGCAGGAUGCUGGACUUUUCAAAUUUAUUAGAGUAUGUACGUUAUUUGCUCCUGAUCAACAUCUGGUAGAUUUUAAGUUUACCAUGACAAGGUUGUGGGCCGUUUGGAGAAUCACUGAGAUGGAUAAGGUUGCAGUUAGUCAUGCUCAACUGCCUUUAAGUGGAGCACAGGUAAAUUCCGAAUGGGAAAGUGCAGUGUUGGAGCCGCCCCCUGAUCGCGACUACAUCCUCACGGAUCCAGGAGUGGAUCCUCGUCAAUCUUAUAUAAAUCAUAUCUUCCAUCCCGGCCAGUUUUCUCUCACUGACAUUAUGCGAGCUUUGAGUAUCUACCGGAGACUGAACCUCCUUUCUGAGGUUCCUCUUUCUCCAGCAGUCCUUAAAGAACGAGUCUGCAUGGCGGUCGAGGCCGAAAUCCAGUCAGAAGUUAUGGACUAUGAGAUGACAGACGAAGACUAUCUGGAGAUUGCCAACAGAUGUUGGUGGAAAUUCUACUCUUGUGUAAUUCAAUACCAUAUCAAUGGAAGCCGACCCAUUGGCCUCCUUCUUCUCCCGUCAGUCUAUGGAAUCGUCUUAUUGAAGAAAUCAUCGUUCUCCUUGUUGAGACCAAUGGAACCUUUGGAGCAUUUGAUGUUGUCCAAUGAGAACUGUUAUGCCUCACGGUUUAAGACAAUGCCCAUAUUUUCUCAAGACGAAGAUACAUGUCAAGACCUUAUUGCCCUAAUGAGUGCUGUAAUGCUGUUGGAGAAACAACUGUCAGAAGAAGUUAAAACUGGCAUUGAAAAGGAUCUUUAUCAUUUAAAGAGUCCAGACAUUGUGAUUGAGGAUUUGUUUGCACGAAUGUCGUUGGAACCUGAUGAUCCUCUCUCAGAUUUCGACUUCCAGAUGGAACUGCAUCAUAAACUGGAGAACGUAAAGGAUCCUUCAGCCGCAAUGGCAAUGCUGCUGGAAGCUCUGACGUAUGAUCUUGGACAAUCUGAUAGAAUGAAACUCGAUAACGAGCCUGAAGUAUCCAGAUUAAUGCUGAAUAUUGGACAUUUAUUUUCGAGUCAAUUGGGUGUUUCAAUGAUUGCUGAGAGUUUGUCGCAGAUUGCAUUACUUAGAUUUUCCAUCUGCAGAGAUCUACUGAUUUUGCAAAGGAUUGUCCUGAGUAGACCUGAAGCGUUUGACUCGAGAAUGUUACACUCGAUUAAGUCAUCGCUAGCACCAAGAACUGUAGUAUUGACGCAAGCGUAUUACGUUGUCAUGUGGAUAAGUGAAAGUACAGCAACUGCCACAUCUCCUCAAGCCCUCUGGGAGACGAGUGUUCAAAGGCUUGGAGUAUUGAAGCUAAUGGAUAUCAGAGGGAAUACCAAUAAGCAACUGCGCUCGAUGAGCUUGCUCGAAUUGUUCGUACAGAGUGGAGGUGCAAAGCAAGCCCACACUUUGAUGGCUAAUGCGCUUUCUCUCUCGCUGACAUCCGUUGUUCCUUGGCAUUUCGGGUUGCUGAGUCAACUAACCAUUGUCGCCCAACUCAUUUGGCCCAUCUCUGGAAACUUCGUCUUUCCAGAAUGGCUUCUUUCAUCUUGUCAAUUCCUCCUGGUUCAGGAGUACGUUCGAUUGCUGUCGACCUGGUGCGAAUGGAAUUCUGCCUCUCGUCGCUUCAUCCUCGCUGUGUCACUCUUGGAAAUGGGCGAGCCACUUAAAGCGUGCGAUCACAUUCUCAGAGCUUCAAGCGGAAUCCUCACCGAUAAUUUCCUCGCUUCCACACUUCUAGACUCCCCAAUGUCCUCAGAAUCCCAAGCCCUUGUCUGCUAUUAUUUAAAAUCAAUAGAGCUCUUCUCCCAACAUAAUGCUGCUGACUGCAUUAUUGAAUUAGCAGAGGCGGCUAUCACAGUAUCUGAUAAAAAUGAUCCAAACCUUCCAACACUUCAUUCCAUCAUCUUCACCCAACAUUUAAAUCUUGAACAUCAUACAGAAGCUUAUCACUGUUUGAACUCAAACCCAGAUGCUGAAAGGCGGAGUGAUUGCCUUCGUCAGCUUGUCGUGACUCUAUUUGAAAGGAAAAAACUUGUCGAUCUUGUCUCAUUCCCAUAUGUAGACAUGUACGAGGACCUUGAAAGAAUCGUCAUGGGAAGAGCCAGAAGUGUGGAUUUGAUGGAGAAUAAUUACUACAACUUCUUGUACAGUUUUCAUAUUAAUAAAGGAAACAUGAGGAAAGCAGCUUCUGUAAUGUACGAGCAAGCGAUGAGGUUAAGUCAGGAGUCACACUCGGUGGAUAUUAUUUCGAAACAGGCUCAGUGUCUAUUAGCUUGUAUUAAUGCCAUCAACCUUGUCAGUGAGAAAUAUCGGUGGAUUGUGAGGCCAGCCGUAGAGCAGAAUUAUCCGGAUGAGGUCAAUCCAAAGAAGAAGAGAAGUGUUGAUGGGAAAGAAGUACUGCAUUACAAGGUGAAAAAACUAGUGGAAGUGCUGGAAAUCAAGGACAUUAAGAAGGAAUAUUGGUUAAUCGAUGCUAGAUUAAAACUAUCAAAAAUGAGCUCAGAGAUUCAUACAGUAGCACAAUCAGAACCUUCGGAAUUAAUCGCUGUUCUAGCUAAUGUUGGAUUAUAUACAACUGCCCUCCAUCUUUGUGAAGAGUUUAAGAUUUCCAAGUGUUCAGUCCUAGAAACAUUGAGUUCACAGUCUCUGAGAUUGAGUGAAACUGAAAAUAAUGAUGCCUGGGAUUGGUUAAUCCAGAACAAUGUGUAUGAUAUUGUUGGAUGCAGCGGUAAUGCUGCUGAUGUCUCUUGGAGACUCUUAGAAAGAUUGACCUUGGACAAUGAAAAGGAGGAGAGUAGUGAACUGCAUAAGGCGGUAGGGAAGAAACUUCUGCACCUAGGCGCGUUCCUGCCGCAGUGGUUGAUGAGAUCAUAUAAGAUGAGGAAUCCUGCUGAAUUGCUGAGAAUAAUAUUAAGUAGUGGGAGAUUAUUAGAGGCAUGUGACCUGGCGGUAGAUUAUGUCAAUGCUAUUCUGGGGGACGGUAUAGAGUACUUCGGAUUGAAGCAGCCAAUUGUUGCAACUGGUGUCCCUGUCUGGCUACCUUUCAAUACUAUUGAAUUGCUAUUGAUGGAACUUAAGGAAGCAAUGAAGGAAGACAAUACCUAUGUCGAGAGCUAUGGCCGGCUAAAGAAGGCACUUGAUCUUUAUGUCGAGACCGUCGUGAGAGUUUCUGAAGAUAUGGUGCGAUUCAAAGUCAGCAAAUUAGCAAUUGAACACAAGACCCCUUGACUGCCAUAAUUGCUCAAGAAUCGACUGAAAAACUGGACAACUUAACACAUCAAUUCUGAUUAUUUUUCUUCAUUGUACACUUGUAAAGCUGAUCACAUCAUAACUAUGAUAAUAAAGGAACUUUUUUUAUGACCUAACUAUAUUAUCGGUUGAACAUUAUCUGGAGCUGACUUGAAUUUCAUUUUGUUAGGCUAAAAUAUUUUAUAAUCUGCAAUAGACUUUGCAAUGUUUAAACGACUCUAAUGACUAAUAAAUUAUGUUCUCUUAUUUAUUUUUCAACAACCUGGGUAGAGCCAAUAAAU